CGCUAUUGGCCGCUGCAGAGGAGGGCUUUGCAGACCCUGCUAAAGCGUUCGCCCGCACGGCCCUUCCGGCCUCUGGAGCUACUUUUCACUGCGACUAAGGCGAGAGAGCAAGCGCAAGGAUCCCAGGAGGAUGCAGCGCCCGCUGGGGUCUGAAGCCUCCGGGGGCCUCCGGCUGCUCCUCUGUUUCCUGCUGCUGAACAGCUGCCCGGGGUGCUGCAGCGACAUUAGUCCCCACGAUGGCCAGUGCCAAGCAGAAGUGGCACAGCUCUGGCCCCUCCAAGAAUUUACUGCUCCAUUCUUCCGUCACCUCCAAGUUCUACUCCACCAGCUUGUACCCCAAGGCCUGUUUUGGAAGAAUGACAUCAUUCAGGACCUGAUGACCCAAAAUAUGGAGCACAUGAGCAGACUCCACCUCCAAGAUCCAUGCCUGAAGGGUGGGAAGGCAAUUUUCCCUGCUAGAACCACUGGAGUGAGGGGCAAGCAAGAGGAGAAACUUCAACUCUUAUUCCCUACGAGCCCAAUGCCCAGGGUGAACAGAGACCAGUGCUUUACCUGUAAAGUGGUUUCAAAGACCCUGAAACAAGAGGUGACCAACACUGCCAAGGGCUUGUCUGGGCCAUUCACCACUGUGGGCCGAAACCUUGUCGCUGAUUGAGACCUUCUUGUGAGAAGCCUUCCUCCCCCAAUGCCCUCCUCAUUGUCUUUCAGUGGGGGCAGUUCUUGGAUGACUCAAAUCUGGUUCAUUAAAAUGGAUUUUCAGGCAAACACUUUCUGUGAGCUUGUCUGGAGAUGGCCUAGGUGGGGCCUGAAGUUAGUCAGACAGUGGCAAUGAGGAGGACACAGAUUUCAGUGUCGGUGGAAGGCUGGUUUCUGUCCUGUUUUCCUUCCAUUGGCCAUUCCUGAAGUGGAGAUGUAAGAGGGUACCAUAGCUGGAAUAGCAGCCUCCCCCACCCGUACCCCAG